UAUAUUUUUCACUCGACUCGAGCGUUUCGUGUCGUCUUCGCCUACUGGCCUCCUUUUUACAAAUUCAUUAUUACUCAGCGGAAUUCCAAUGGGUACUUUUGUGCGUAUCUUAGUGGCAGGUCUUGCCAUUGCCCUGGCUGUGGCCUUUAAAAACUACCGCGACCUAUCAGCACCCGCCCCUCUCCCAAAUCUAGAUAACAACGCAUAUUGGGGGCCAGGAGAGCCCAAGGACUACAAAGCUAACGAUGCUGUGGUGCCAUAUGACAUAGGCGUCGCACCGGAGCUAAUCGCCGAUCUUCAUGCGCAGCUGAGUCGUCCGCUGAGGCUCCAAGAACCACUGGAGGGUGUGGGCUUCGAGUACGGGUUCAAUUCCAAAGAAUUGCGCAAAGUAAUCAAUUACUGGCGCGAUUCCUACCUGCCCAAAUGGAGCGAGCGUGAGCAAUAUUUGAAAAAGUUCCCUCACUUCCAAACCACUAUUCAGGGUCUUAAAAUUCACUUCCUACAUGUGAAACCCCAGAAGGUGGAGGGCAAGAAGGUGCUGCCGUUGUUAUUAAUGCACGGCUGGCCGGGCUCAGUUCGUGAAUUCUAUGAACUGAUACCACUCCUGACGACGCCCAGUGCCUCGAGUGAGUAUGUGUUUGAGGUGAUAGCGCCCAGUUUGCCGGGCUAUGGAUGGUCGCAGGGCUCUUCAAAGACUGGCUUAGGCGUGGCUCAGGUCGCCGUGAUCAUGCGAAAUCUGAUGUUGCGCCUGCACUUCGACAAGUUCGUUAUACAAGGCGGAGACUGGGGUGCAUUGAUUGGCUCUAAUGUGGCGUCGCUGUUCCCGGAGAACGUGCUCGCCUAUCAUUCGAAUAUGUGCACCAACAACAGUCCAGUGUCGAACAUUAAGCUGAUCUUGAGCUCCCUAUUCCCCGGUUUCUUUAUUGAUAGCCAACAUGCUGUGUUCUACAAGGGAAUUGGCAGCAUAUUCGUCCAUAUACUGGAGGAGUUCGGCUACGCCCACAUUCAGGCGACCAAACCCGACACCAUUGGCAGUGCACUUGCCCACAACCCCGUUGGCCUGGCUGCCUAUAUACUGGAAAAGUUUUCCACCUGGACAAAUGCCGAAUACAAGCACUUGGAAGACGGUGGCUUGAGUAAGCGCUUUACCUACGAUGCGCUUCUCGACAAUAUUAUGAUUUACUAUGUGACCAAUUCGAUAACCACUUCCGUGCGUUUGUAUUCGGAAUCCAUGAAUAAGGCGCAGUUGGCCUUAAAUCUGGACAGUGUAAAGGUUCAGGCACCCACAGGCUGUGCACAUUUCCUGCACGAAUUGGCCCACACCCCAGACUCGCUGCUAAAGGAUAAGUUUGUGAAUCUCAUUCACACAACUCACUACACAGAGGGCGGACAUUUUCCGGCAUUUGAAAUUCCCGAAAAACUCUACACCGAUUUCAGGAAUUUUGUAAACAAAUUGGAAAAUUAAAAUGCAGCACUGAUACAAAUCAA